AUGACCAGGAGGUCAGUCCAUGGUGAGGGGACUGGGGUGAACAACACCCCCCAAAAUGGGGGACACCCAGGGGAUAACCCUACCCCAAAAGAGGACCCUGAAGCCCCGCACGGAAAGGUAGAGCUUAAAAAGAAGGUGACCCUGCUUCGGGGAAUCUCCAUCAUCAUCGGGACCAUCAUCGGCGCGGGAAUCUUCAUCUCUCCCAAGGGAAUCCUGAAGAACUCUGGGAGUGUUGGAAUGUCUCUGGUGGUGUGGAUCGCCUGCGGAGUGCUGUCUCUAUUUGGUGAGUCACAUGUGUUCGUCGCCACGACGACACCCCACCUCCUCAGGGAGAGAGGGAGGGAGGGAGGGAGGGAGGGAGGAGACAGACCUGAGUAAAGGUGUGCAGAGUGGUUUUAUGAUGUGUGUGAACUGAAGUUUUGGGGGAUGGAGUUUUUGUGUUUUUAUUGCUGUUCAGUCUAUUGGGUUACGACUCCCCUGCUUCCCCUUCCCUGAAGACACUAGAGCUGAUGCAUCCUUAAACAAAGUGCUAAACUUGUAAAACAGCUUUUCUUGAGACAAUGAGUGUGAUUUAAAGCUUAGGGGGAUGGAUGAACUUUGCUAACUGUCUGCUGCUAUGGGAAAGCGUCCGCUUCUAAUCUAGUAUUAUUUCAUCAUAAAACUGUAAUUACAGAAGCAUUAUUGUAGCUACUGCCUUCUAACUUACCAUCAAACUGCUGAAACCUCAAUUACCCUUUACACUAACCUAUCUUGCAUUCUCUCUCUCUCUCUCUCUCUCUCUCUCUCUCUCUCUCUCUCUCUCUCUCUCUCUCUCUCUCUCUCUCUCUCUCUCUCUCUCUCUCUCAAUUCAAUUUCAAUUUAAGGGCUUUAUUGGCAUGGGAAACAUAUGUUAACAUUGCCAAAGCAAGUGAAGUAGAUAGUAAACAAAAGUAAAAUAAACAAUAAAUAUUAACUGUAAACAUUACACUCAGAAGUUCCAAAAGAAUAAAGACAUUUCAAAUGUCAUAUUACAGUUUUUCUCAAUUGCUAAAACACAAUUUCUGAAACCUUGCUCCAUUUCCUGAAAACAUUAAACACAAAACCUCAUCUUCAAGCACUAUUUACAAAACCUCUGACUUCUCUCGCAAAAUGAAACAUUCGCCUCAAAACAGUUUUACCUGUGUUCAAAAUCAAACACUGCUCUCAAAUCAUAAACAAAGUGAUCAAAAUGACUCUCAAGCAGUCAGUAAACAAUACACCGAAAAAUAGAAAACACAUUGUUCAAAACAUACAGUUCUCAGGGAGAAGUACAUUUUUAAUCUCAAAACAAAUUUCAUAUUUUUCCGUCAUUGUCUUUUGAUGAACGAAAACAUGUUCUAUCAUAGUAGCUCAAAAUUGAUCAGAAAUUACUACUCUGCUUUGCUCUUUGCAAUUUUGUUUUUUGUUCUUCCUCCUCCUUGUACCCCUAUUUUUACAGUACUGUACCCUGCAUCUCACAAACGUGUCCUUUGUCUCUGUAAUACUGUAAUUAUUGUUCUUUGUUGACAUGAACCUGCAACCAGUCAAAAUUAGCAGUCAGUACUGUUAACAAAUGGAAAGCACAAUGUUCAGGGCCAUACAAUUUGUCCAUUGUACAGUAUACAGCCAACAAUGCACUGUACUACAGUAUACAGUACUAAAAGGGACAAAAAUCAAAGGAGUAAACAUGUGAUCAAUGUGCUUCUUCUUGUCUUUGGGCUGGGUCAGGCCAGAGCACUUCGUCGACAUCACAAGCAAUAUUGUCCCUCCUGAGGCAACGGGGGAAGAAGCCUCUUGUGUGCCGUAUCCAGCCCUGACAUGAUUCCUCACCUAUAUCACCACAGGCUAAAUCCAUGGCUUGCAGCAGAUUUACUUUGGUGUAGGGUUGUCUAUCAUACACUUUCCAUCUCCAAGAGGAGAAAAACUCCUCAAUCGGAUUCAGGAAAGGUGAGUAUGGAGGGAGGUACAAGUUCAUAAACUGCCCAUUGAUGUUAAACCAUUCCCUUACCUGAGCAGCUCGGUGGAAACUGACAUUGUCCCACACUAUCACAUAGGUGGGAAUGGGAUUCUCAUUUAGCUCCUGACCCUGCUGCUCUUGAACCUGCUGCUCAAAUAAAAUAUAUCUUAGAUUGGCAAUAAAUCUUAGAAGGUGCUGGGUGUUAUAUGGCCCGAGUGUAACAUGGUGAUGUAGAACACCAUGGUUGCUGAUAGCAGCACAGAUUGUGACAUUGCCACCUCGUUGACCAGGGACUUCAACAAUGGCCCGCUGUCCAAUCAUGUUUCGGCCUCUCCUUCUCCUCUUUGUUAGAUUGAAGCCUGCUUCAUCGACAAAGAUGAACUCAUGGGGUCUGUCCAAGGAUUCCAAGUCAAAUAUUGUCUGUGUAGAAAUACAAUAUACUGUAUGUAGGAUUUUGUAAGUCGUACAGAGACAGUGCUAUACUGUAGAGUACAAUUAGGCCUACUGUAUGCACUUCUGAUUCACAUACAUUGUAUGUACUGAAGAGUAAUGUCAUUCACAUAGUAUGUGUUAGUACUGUAGACAAUCUGGAUUACAGUAAAUGUUUCUGAAUGUACACUUACAUGCACAUACUGAGCUCGCAGUUCUUUCACCCUUGGUGAGUUGCGCUCAAAAGGUACUCUGUAUACUUGUUUCAUUCGCAUCCUGUUACAAUUGUGGAAAUGCUCACACUGUCGAUUCCCUGGAAGUGUGUGUUGUCUUGUAUCACCCACUCCUGGAUUUCUCUGAAUCGUAUUGCAUUAUCUUGAAGGACUAUGCCAACUAUAACGGCCUCUUGCUCCCGAGUGAAUAUAGCUGUCCUUCCACCUACAUGUGGCAGCCUUGCAAUUCUACAAAAAGUAGUUGUGCAGUUACAAAACAUAUUCAUGCAGUACAAAACAUACAGUGAUUAACUUUACAAAUGUCUAUUGAAACAGCUGCAUAUAGUGUAGUACAGUAAAUUUGCAAUUACAAAAAUACAGUAGUAUACUGUACCUGUUCUCUUCUCUGAAUGUCCUUUACAAUGGUGGACACAGAAAAUCGGCUCAAAUUGGGUUGCACUCUAAGUCCUGCUUCCCUCAUUUUCAGUCCAUGGACAAGAACAUGGUCUAUGACUGUUGCUCGAAUAUCAUCAGAUAUUUCCACUCUUUGUCUUCCUCUUCAUCCUCCUCUUCCUCUUUCUUGCCCUCCUCCUCUUCCUCCUCGUCGCCCACCUCGCAUACGCACUCGUUAAAUCAAUUUUGAGUGGUGAUGUUCAAUCAAUGACAUGUGUUCUCUAUUUGUAUUUGAUUGUUGCCACUUGUGUUUACCAGUAUGGAUGACAUGUGCAUUAGAGAGCAGAAUGUGUUUUGAGAAUGAGAAUGUGUUUAGAGUUUUGCUGAAAAGUCUAAGUGAGAUCUGCAAAUUGUGUUUUACCAUGUGAAAUGGUUUAAGGUAUUGACAACAGACUACAUAAUUAGCUAAAUGAGUCCAGGCAACUGAGAACUUUGUUCAGCCAAUGGGUUUUCGUGUUUUAGCAAUUGAGAAAAACUGUAUGUAUAUAUACAGUGUUGUAACAAUGUGCAAAUAGUUAAAGUACAAAUGGGAAAAUAAAUAAACAUAAAUAUGGGUUGUAUUUACAAUGGUGUUUGUUCUUCACUGGUUGCCCUUUUCUUGUGGCAACAGGUCACAAAUAUUGCUGCUGUGAUGGCACACUGUGGUUUUUCACCCAGUAGAUAAGGGAGUUUAUCAAAAUUGGGUUUGUUAUCGAAUUCUUUGUGGACCUCUGUAAUCUGAGGGAAAUAUGUGUCUCUAAUAUGGUCAUACAUUUGGCAGGAGGUUAGGAAGUGCAGCUCAGUUUCCACCUCAUUUUGUGGGCAGUGUGCACAUAGCCUGUCUUCUCUUGAGAGCCAGGUCUGCCUACAGCGGCCUUUCUCAAUAGCAAGGCUAUGCUCACUGAGUCUGUACAUAGUCAAAGUUUUCCUUAAGUUAGGGUCAGUCACAGUGGUCAGGUAUUCUGCCCCUGUGUACUCUCUGUUUUGGGCCAAAUAGCAUUCUAGUUUGCUCUGUUUUUUUGUUAAUUCUUUCCAAUGUGUCAAGUAAUUCUCUUUUUGUUUUCUCAUGAUUUGGUUGCGUCUAAUUGUGUUGUUGUUGUCCUGGGGCUCUGUGGGGUCUGUUUGUGUUUGUGAACAGAGCCUCAGGACCAGCUAACUUAGGGGACUCUUCUCCAAGUUCAUCUCUCUGUAGGUGAUGGCUUUGUUAUGGAAGGUUUGGGAAUGACUUCCUUUUAAGUGGUUAUAGAAUUUAACGGCUCUUUUCUGGAUUUUGAUAAUUAGCGGGUAUCGGCCUAAUUCUGCUCUGCAUGCAUUAUUUGGUGUUUUUCGUUGUACACAGAGGAUAUUUUUGCAGAAUUCUGCAUGCAGAUUCUCAAUUUGGUGUUUGUCCCAUUUUGUGAAUUCUUGGUUGGUGAGUGGACCCCAGACCUCACAACCAUAAAGGGCAAUGGGUUCUAUAACUGAUUCAAGUAUUUUUAGCCAGAUCCUAAUUGGUAUGUCGAAUUUUAUGUUCCUUUUGAUGGCAUAGAAGGUCCUUCUUGCCUUGUCUCUCAGAUCGUUCACAGCUUUGUGGAAGUUAUCUGUGGCGCUGAUGUUUAGGCCGAGGUAUGUAUAGUUUCUUGUGUGCUCUAGGGCAACAGUGUCUAGAUGGAAUUUUUAUAUUUGUGGUCCUGGCAACUGGACCUUUUUUGGAACACCAUUAUUUUUGUCUUACUGAGAUUUACUGUCUGGGCCCAGGUCUGACAGAAUCUGUGCGCGCACACACACACACACACACACACACACACACACACACACACACACACACACACACACACACACACACACACACACACACACACACACACACACACACACACACACACACACACACACACAAACACACACACACACACACACACACACACACACACAGAGCUGUAGGAUCUUAAAGGGAUACUACUUACCCAGAGUCAGGUGAACUCGUGGAUACCAUUUUUAUGUCUCUGCGUACAGUAUGAACAAAGUUAGCGGUAGUUUGCGAGCCAAUGCUAACUAGCAUAGUGCAAUGACUGUAAGUCUACAAGUACGGUAGCAUUGCUACUGUACUUGUAGACUUCCAGUCAUUGCAAUGCUACCUAACUUCCUUCAUACUGCACACAGACACAUAAAAAUGACAGAAUCCUACAGUUUCCCUUUAAUUUGACCUAUAUUGUCACAGCAAAAUAAUCCUGCAGCAAGAGGAUUUGAACGUUUAGUUUAUAAUGUUGCUUGAUUGGUGGUUAGGCUAUUAGCUGGCCAAAAGUAGACUACAUGAAAAGUGCAAUACUGUUAAUAUAACCAUGUGUUAGUGUGGGUUUUCAGUUAAUUUAUAUAAAUCACGAAGCUCAUCUGCAUUUCCUAGAAACAUUCUCAGCAACAAGAGUGAUGAAAUUAAGGUCCUACACUUUUACAAUGCAUGUGAUGAAAAUACAAUGAAUCACAUUUUCCUCUUACAGUAGCCUGUUUGUUGCUGUUGCUGAUGCGAUCACUGUUUCUAGAUGGCUAGUCAGUCCCCUGUUCUAAACAUUUCCCUCUCUCCUAUCCCAGGGGCCCUGUCCUAUGCAGAGCUGGGAACCAGCAUCAAGAAGUCUGGAGGACAUUAUACCUAUAUUCUGGAGGCUUUUGGACCACAGAUGGCCUUCAUACGUCUCUGGGCUGACCUCAUCGCCAUCAGGUGUGUGUGUGUGUGUGUGAAAGUAUUUAUUGUGUGUGUUUCUUGCAUGUGUGUGUGUGCACGUGUGUGUGUGUGUGACAGAGAUAGAGGCUGAAAGGGGGUAGAUACUUGCAAUACGGUAUGUGCAUGUCACUCUAUACUGUCUGUUUGUGAGAAGGGGAGGGGCGUCCUAGCGUAGAUCUCAGUGUUGUACAGAUAGUAAAGCCAUUUUGAUCCCAUCCUGGUUCGUUGAUACCCGUGGUAGCGCAGCAGGGUAAACAAACCUGCUAUACUAUAAUGUACUGCAGGUUAUCCUCAGGCCAGGGGGAUGUAUGGUUUUGGGUCUAUUGGAAAUGAACAGUGAUCUGGGAUGAGCCCACAGACUGUGCAACAGUUAUUACAUUCUUAUCAGAGCCAAGACCAAUAGAAAACACUGGAAUUGGUUCACUUCCACAUAUUUUGGAUACGUAGUGUGAAUACCUACCUGCUGUAUAGUGUAAUAAUGUAUCAGUGUUCUGAGAAAUAAGUUUGACUGUUCUUAGCUUGUACAUGUCUGACCAGCUUUUGUUCCAGAUAUUUGGAAUAUAUAACAUUUGUCAUUUCAUUCUGGACACUGAGUACCUUUAGUUAAAUGUAUGUACUCAAUGUCCUUUAUGUUUAUCUCUAAAGUAUCCCUUUCAUAUCCGUAAUAAUCAUAUAUUUUUUAAUGUUUCUGUCUCAACUGAACCUAGCAGACAGCUUUGAGUUAGUAAUCACUGAAUAUCAGUAAUAAUAGUUCCAUUGACUGUUAUAAACAAGUGUGAGGUUAUGUAAGACAGGUUUGUGUCAGUAGGAGGUCAUAUGCUCCCUAACACUCUGAACAGUGCAUGCUGCCCCAGAUCUCACAGCUUUGUGGGUCAGCAUUUCCGGUCACUGUGUUUGCUGCACGUGUAUUUUUGGGUCAGUGUUUUUGGAUCUGUGUGUGACGGUUUUGUCUGUUCUAGACCUGCAGGGUUGGCAGUGAUAUCCCUGGCCUUUGGACAAUAUAUCCUGGAGCCCAUAUUCAUGCCCUGUGGAGUGCCCGAGAUCGCUAUCAAACUGGCCACCUCUAUAGGACUAAGUAUGUCUAAGAUUUAUGCUACAGUAUUAUAUUGAAUUGAACAAACGUUGGAAUAUAGGAUUUUAUUGCUUAUCAGUGAGAUGGUUCAGCUGAAUAUAAAAUGUGUGUGCGUUUGUUUGCGUGUGUUUGUGUGUGUGUGUACUACUCCACAGCGUCAGUGAUGUAUCUCAACAGUAUGAGUACGAGCUGGACAAACAGGAUUCAGAUCUUCCUCACCUUUAGCAAGCUGCUGGCCAUCGCCAUCAUCAUCGUACCUGGCCUCUAUAUGCUCUUCAAAGGUAAGCCUUCAUCAUCUUAAUCCUCAUCCAUCCUCAUCCUCAUCCUCAUUGUCGCAUUAAUCAUCAUCAUCAUCAUCAUCAUCAUCAUCAUCAUCAUCAUCAUCAUCAUUAUCAUCACAUUCAUCCUCAUCCUCAUCAUCCUCAUUAUCACAUCAAUCAUCAUCAUCAUCAUCAUCAUCAUUAUCAUCACAUUCAUCCUCAUCCUCAUCCUCAUCAUCAUCAUCAUCAUCAUCAUCAUUAUCAUCACAUUCAUCCUCAUCCUCAUUAUCACAUUAAUCAUCAUCAUCAUCAUCAUCAUCAUUAUCAUCACAUUCAUCCUCAUCCUCAUCCUCAUCCUCAUCCUCAUCUAUCCUCAUCCUCAUCCUCAUUGUCGCAUUAAUCAUCAUCAUCAUCAUCAUCAUUAUCAUCACAUUCCUCAUCCUCAUCCUCAUCAUCCUCAUCCUCAUUGUCACAUUAAUCAUCAUCAUCAUCAUUAUCAUCACAUUCCUCAUCCUCAUCCUCAUCAUCCUCAUCCUCAUCAUCAUCAUCAUCAUCAUUCUCAUACUCAUUAUUGCAUGAAUAAUCAUCAUCAUCCUCAUCAUCCUCAUCCUCAUCAUCAUCAUCCUCACAUUCAUCCUCAUCAUCAUCAUCAUCAUCCUCAUUAUCUCAUUCACCAUCAUCAUCAUCAUCAUCCUCACAUUCAUCCUCAUCAUCAUCAUCCUCAUUAUCUCAUUCACCAUCAUCAUCAUCACAUCAUCCUCAUCAUCAUCACAUUCAUCCUCAUCAUCAUUAUCAUUAUUAUCAUCCUCAUCAUCAUCAUCACCAUCAUCACCAUCAUCAUAUAUUUUACACUGGAUUAAAACAACAGAAAUGGCAUGCUUACACUCACAUCACAUUGAAUCCCGCACUAUUUCUUGUCUCUCAUCAAAAACCUUGAAAUCCUGUUAGUGGUACAUAGGGUUAUAUUUGUUUGUUUGUUACAGGUACAUUCCAAAGAUCCCACCACUUUACCAGGUGUACUUUAACUAGCCGAUUAAACUCAACUCCACGGUGUCUAAUGGCUACAGAGUACCUGCACUACACAUUACAGGCUGUAAUAACUACAGAGUGGCUGCAGGCCUAUACAUAGCUAACAGGCUUGAUGUUCUGCCAUACCAAUGUUCAUUGAACAUCAGUGCAUUUCAGCUUUUAGAGGGUUAUUAUCUGCCCCUUUGGAAGUGUGUUCCAUUAGACAGAAAUACACUACAUACGUGUGUAUUGUACUGGAAUGCUCUUACGGGUGCAUUCUUAUACAUACCCAUGCUGAUAUACAGUGGGGAAAAAAAGUAUUUAGUCAGCCACCAAUUGUGCAAGUUCUCCCACUUAAAAAGAUGAGAGAGGCCUGUAAUUUUCAUCAUAGGUACACGUCAACUAUGACAGACAAAUUGAGAAAAAAAAAUCCAGAAAUCAAAUUGUAGGAUUUUUAAUGAAUUUAUUUGCAAAUUAUGGUGGAAAAUAAGUAUUUGGUCAAUAACAAAAGUUUCUCAAUACUUUGUUAUAUACCCUUUGUUGGCAAUGACACAGGUCAAACGUUUUCUGUAAGUCUUCACAAGGUUUUCACACACUGUUGCUGGUAUUUUGGCCCAUUCCUCCAUGCAGAUCUCCUCUAGAGCAGUGAUGUUUUGGGGCUGUUGCUGGGCAACACAGACUUUCAACUCCCUCCAAAGAUUUUCUAUGGGGUUGAGAUCUGGAGACUGAUUAGGCCACUCCAGGACCUUGAAAUGCUUCUUACGAAGCUACUCCUUCGUUGCCCGGGCGGUGUGUUUGGGAUCAUUGUCAUGAUGAAAGACCCAGCCACGUUUCAUCUUCAAUGCCCUUGCUGAUGGAAGGAGGUUUUCACUCAAAAUCUCACGAUACAUGGCCCCAUUCAUUCUUUCCUUUACACGGAUCAGUCAUCCUGGUCCCUUUGCAGAAAAACAGCCCCAAAGCAUGAUGUUUCCACCCCCAUGCUUCACAGUAGGUAUGGUGUUCUUUGGAUGCAACUCAGCAUUCUUUGUCCUCCAAACACGACGAGUUGAGUUUUUACCAAAAAGUUAUAUUUUGGUUUCAUCUGACCAUAUGACAUUCUCCCAAUCCUCUUCUGGAUCAUCCAAAUGCACUCUAGCAAACUUCAGACGGGCCUGGACAUGUACUGGCUUAAGCAGGGGGACACGUCUGGCACUGCAGGAUUUGAGUCCCUGGCGGCGUAGUGUGUUACUGAUGGUAGGCUUUGUUACUUUGGUCCCAUCUCUCUGCAGGUCAUUCACUAGGUCCCCCCGUGUGGUUCUGGGAUUUUUGCUCACCGUUCUUGUGAUCAUUUUGACCCCACGGGGUGAGAUCUUGCGUGGAGCCCCAGAUCGAGGGAGAUUAUCAGUGGUCUUGUAUGUCUUCCAUUUCCUAAUAAUUGCUCCCACAGUUGAUUUCUUCAGACCAAGCUGCUUACCUAUUGCAGAUUCAGUCUUCCCAGCCUGGUGCAGGUCUACAAUUUUGUUUCUGGUGUCCUUUGACAGCUCUUUGGUCUUGGCCAUAGUGGAGUUUGGAGUGUGACUGUUUGAGGUUGUGGACAGGUGUCUUUUAUACUGAUAACAAGUUCAAACAGGUGCCAUUAAUACAGGUAACGAGUGGAGGACAGAGGAGCCUCUUAAAGAAGAAGUUACAGGUCUGUGAGAGCCAGAAAUCUUGCUUGUUUGUAGGUGACCAAAUACUUAUUUUCCACCAUAAUUUGCAAAUAAAUUCAUUAAAAAUCCUACAAUGUGAUUUUCUGGAAUUUUUUUUCUCAAUUUGUCUGUCAUAGUUGACGUGUACCUAUGAUGAAAAUUACAGGCCUCUCUCAUCUUUUUAAGUGGGAGAACUUGCACAAUUGGUGGCUGACUAAAUACUUUUUUCCCCCACUGUACUUAGAAAUAUGUAUUUAGUCAACAAUCAGCUAGAAUCGAUAUUCCUUGGUUUUUGUGUAAUUCCCUCUUUGUGGCUGUGUGUGUCUCUGUGUGUGUGUGUGUGUUUGUGCAUACAGGGGAGACUAAGAACUUUGAGAAUGCGUUUGAGGUCAGUAAUAUCAAGCUCACAGGUCUUCCUCUGGCCUUCUACUCUGGGAUGUACGCCUAUGCUGGGUGGUAGGUAAUGACUUCUUAUAGCAUAAUUAGUUUUUAUAUCUAAUUCUAGGUGACACUUUACAUAAAGCCAACAGGUAUGCAUUAUUAACUUGUCAUGAGCUCUUGUUAUCUAUAUCCUAAUGUCAUAUUAUUGUAAAGCUCGAACUUUUGUCCAACAGGUUUUACCUUAACUUUGUGACUGAGGAAGUAGAGAACCCCGAAAAGUGAGUUUCUCAUUUCAUAUCUAAUUUACGCAGGUUUACCUGAUCGUAAGGUGAGAUUAAGUUACGUUUUGAUUGGGUUGCUGGUCUCAAAUGUUUACAUUUCCUCAGGACUGUGCCAUUGGCCAUCUGUAUCUCCAUGGCGAUAGUCACUUCCUGCUACGUGUUGACCAAUGUGGCUUACUACACUGUGAUGUCAGCAGAGGAGCUGUUGGCCUCACAAGCCGUCGCCGUGGUAAGGCAUCUAACAAACUCUCUGUCUAUUGGCCAAUUUCAUUGACACUGAUCAUACUACCCCCCCUGGAGUCCUAUAGAUUUCUGUGUGUGAUGUAUUGAUACACUUGAGGUGUAUUGACUGCAGUCUCACACCUCGUUCAUCAGAGCCUAAUUCCAUCUAGCUCUGAGGAGUGACUGAUCUGUGGUGUUGCUUUCCUGCACUCUAAACUGCUCUUAAACUUUCAUCAUUAGUGGGCCGCCAAGCCCAACACCUAUGCUUCCCAGUAUGGCCUAAUGUGAUUCCACACAGUUCAUCCCUCUCAAUAAUAAUUACAUUAGGUCCAGUGUAAAUGACAUAGUCUUAGACAGAGCCUAAAAUUAGUCUGCACACUGUUCUCCGGCCAGUUUGGUGUAGGGGGAGAUUCAUUCACUAAAAGGGCACUGAUCUGAUCAGACCUUUCUAAUGGAGUAAGUUUCAUUACAGUUUAAAAGGUCUGUGAUGCUGCUCUUAAGGAAAGUUUGAAUGCAUUUAGCUACCUACAGUUGAAGUUGGAAGUUUACAUACACCUUAACCAAAUACAUUUAAACAAGUUUUUCACAAUUCCUGACAUUUAAUCCUAGUAGAAAUCCCUGUUUUAGGUCAGUUAUGAUCACCACUUUAUUUUAAGAAUGUGAAAUGUCAGAAUAAUAGUAGAGAGAAUGAUUUAUUUCAGCUUUUAUUUCUUUCAUCAGAAAGUUUACAUACACUCAAUUAGUAUUUGGUAGCAUUGCCUAUAAAUUGUUUAACUUGGGUCAAACGUUUCAGGUAGCCUUCCACAAGCUUCCCACAAUAAGUUGGGUGAAUUUUGGCCCAUUCCUCCUGACAGAGCUGGUGUAACUGAGUCAGGUUUGUAGGCCUCCUUGCUCGCACACGCUUUUUCAGUUCUGGUCAGGGCUUUGUGAUGGCCACUCCAAUACCUUGACUUUGUUGUCCUUAAGCCAUUUUGCCACAACUUUGGAAGUAUGCUUGGGGUCAUUGUCCAUUUGGAAGACCCAUUUGCGACCAAGCUUUAACUUCCUGACUGAUGUCUUGAGAUGUUGCUUCAAUAUAUCCACAUCAUUUUCCUUCCUCAUGAUGCCAUCUAUUUUGUAAAGUGCACCAGUCCCUCCUGCAGCAAAGCACCCCCACAGCAUGAUGCUGCCACCCCCGUGCUUCACGGUUGGGAUGGUGUUCUUCGGCUUGCAAGCAUCCCCCUUUUUCCUCCAAACAUAAUGAUGGUCAUUAUGGCCAAACAGUUCUAUUUUUGUUUCAUCGGACCAGAGUACAUUUAUCCAAAAAGUACAAUCUUUGUCCCCAUGUGCAGUUGCAAACUGUAGUCUGGCUUUUUUAUGGCGGUUUUGGAGCAGUGGCUUCUCCCUUGCUGAGCGGCCUUUCAUGUUAUGUCGAUAUAGGACUUGUUUUACUGUGGAUAUAGAUACUUUUGUACCUGUUUCCUCCAGCAUCUUCACAAGGUCCUUUGCUGUUGUUCUGGGAUUUAUUUGCACUUUUCGCACCAAAGUACGUUCAUUUCUAGGAGACAGAACACGUCUCCUUCCUGAGCGGUAUGACGGCUGUGUGGUCCCAUGGUGUUUAUAGUUGCGUACUAUUGUUUGUACAGAUGAACGUGGUACCUUCAGGCGUUCGGAAAUUGCUACCAAGGAUGAACCAGACUUGUGUUUUUUUCUGAGGUCUUGGCUGAUUUCUUUUGAUUUUCCCAUGAUGUCAAGCAAAGAGGAACUGAGUUUGAAGGUAGGCCUUGAAAUACAUCCACAGGUACACCUCCAAUUGACUCAAAUGUUGUCAAUUAGCCUAUCAGAAGCUUCUAAAGCCAUGACAUCAUUUUCUGGAAUUUUCCAAGCUGUUUAAAGGCACAGUCAACUUAGUGUAUGUAAACUUCUGAUCCAAGUGAAAUAAUCCGUCUGUAAACAAUUGUUAGAAAAAAUUACUUGUGACAUGCACAUAAUAGAUAUCUUAACCGACUUGCCAAAACUAUAGUUUGUUAAAAAUACAUUUGUGGAGUGGUUGAAAAACGAGUUUUAAUGACUCCAACCUUAGUGUAUGUAAACUUCUGACUUCAACUGUAUGUUCUUAAACUAGAUGUUCAGUGAAUUGAGAAUCUUUGUCUGUAUCUCUUUGUCCCUGUUUGUUUCAUACUAUUUCUCUCUCUCUCUCUCUCUCUCUCUCUCUCUCUCUGUCUCUCUCUCUCUCUCUCUCUCUCUCUCUCUCUCUCUCGCUCUCUGUCUGUCUGUUUUGUGUGCAGACAUUUGCAGAGAAGAUGAUGGGGAACUUUUCAGUGGCAGUGCCGGUAUUUGUGGCCUUGUCGUGCUUCGGUUCGAUGAACGGCUGCUUGUUCGCUUUCUCAAGGUGGGCUGCAUCAACGCAGGUGUCAAACCCCAGCCUUGGCUAGCUUUUCCUGCCAAGGAGAAUGAAAAAAUGCCUUCCCUCCCAGACACAACUUACGGGGACUGUGUGUGAGGAAUCUGUGUUAUACAGAAGUUUGGAUGUGGAGGUCGAACAUAGAAUAUGCAUUAUAGUGGUAUAGUGAAAACACAAUAGCUGAAAUUGCUUUACUUAGACACCGGCAACUUCCGACCCUGUAAAACAACACAUUUCACUGCCCCUAUCCAGUGUACGUGACAAUAAAACAUUUACUUUUUUUUGUUGCUUUUUUUUGGUAGUAUUUCAGAUUUUCUCAUGUAACCCUGAAGUUUGUGUUGGUCAUUCUAGAAUUUUCUAUGUGGCUUCACGGGAAGGCCAUCUUCCUGAGGUUCUGUCCAUGAUCCACGUCCGCAGACACACACCUUUGGCAGCUGUCAUCAUUCUGGUCAGAUAAACAUAUAUAUAUUUUUUCAUACACACGUCAUUGUUUACUGUUUUUAUGAGGACCUGCUCUUUAGGGUCCACAAUUAAUACUUUGCAUUCCUUCCUGUAUUCAUUGUUUGCAUGUUUUAACUGUUUACAUGCUUUGUGGUUACCUUUUAGCAUCUCUGCCACAUCCUCAUUGGAUCCGUGUGUGUUCUGUUUGUGUGUGUGUGUGUGUGUGUAUAUCUGUGUGUUCUUUCCCUGUGUGUAUCUCCAGUACCCUAUGACGGUGUUCCAGCUGUUUGUGGGCGAUAUCUACAGCCUGUUGAACUUCAUGAGCUUCCUCCGCUGGCUCUUCAUUGGCGUGGCUGUACUGGGCCUCAUCUACAUGAGAUACACACGCCCUGACAUGCCACGCCCUUUCAAGGUCAGUCCAACCCACGUGAAUACGUACAUACCCACAUACACACACAGGCAGGCACGUAGUCACAGACACACAUUCACAUACACACAUCAAAGUUGAUGAUGACAGCUCUCCUUCGGUGCCACUUCAUGCGGCUGUGGAGGCCGAUGCACGAGCCGCGGAUAUGCAAGCAUCUUGCACAUAUGGACACACAAAUAGAGUAUGAGUCUGUCUAUUGUCUGUCCUAGUCAACUACUGAACGCUUUACAUUAUUGGUCCUUGAGUCCUUUGUACUUCUUUGUCUUUCUCUCCAGGUUCCUCUUUUCAUUCCAGCCAUUUUCUCCUUCACCUGUUUCUUCAUGGUGUUCCUCUCUCUCUACUCCGACCCCAUCAACACAGGGAUAGGAUUCGCCAUCUCCCUAACAGGAAUCCCAGCCUACUAUAUCUUCAUUGUGUUUGACCGCAGACCCAAGUGGCUACAGAAUGGUUUAGGUAACACGCUACCUACAGUUAGAAGCCAUUACAUGAACUUUACAUAACAGUGAAAAUCAUACAUACUACUGACAUACAGACAGCAAAGGAUUGAUCAGUGCUUCAGUGGACAAUGAAACUCUACAUGCAUAGCUUACUAUAACAUAUAAGCAAUUUCCAAUACAUUUUCAGCAUGGCAUCUUAUCAUAAUUGCUGCAUUAAUACCAAUAAUGUAUCCAUUUUGACACAAUAAUAUUUUCCUAACCACUGAGCAUACUGUAUCAUAAUGGUUUUUCUAUGUAUUUUAUUCUGUCGUCAGAUUCCUUUAACAGAUCUGUCCAGAUCAUCCUGGAGGUGAUCCCAGCAGAACACUGACACCAGAUCAGGUUCCCACACCAGAUCCGUAUUUAUGAUCAUCCACACCACCAGAUCCCCAAUCCUUGACCACACCUCCACACCACAGGAGAACGAACUCGUGUUAAUGAGUGGAGCGGAAUUAGUGGAAUGGU